AAUCCUACCCAGGGUCCCCUGCUUGGAUAUCUGAUGGAGAUGGCUGUUGUGGGGGGCGGGGUAGUGGCUACUAUAAAGCCGACGUAUCCACGCUGUGAUUGGUUGGUGGGGUCCAUUUAAUCUGCUGUGACUACUACAGGAUCCACCCCUCCACUCCUCCCCCUCACUCUGCCCGCCCUGACGGCAUCCAUACACAAUAGUGUGCUGUCUCUGUUCCAGGGAGAAUAUCAGCUCUGCACAGGGAGGAGAGGAUUAGCGCGACCACUCAGCUCAUCUGCAUACACGUUCCCAGAGAACCACAUGAGCACCCAGGGCUGCACCUCUUUUGUAUAAAAACCUGGCACUCCUAUCACAGAGGCUCCACUUCAUCUACUGUAACUGCUGUGAGAGGAUUUAAUAAGGACUUUUUGGAUUCUUUUUAAUUAUUUUCACUCUUUUUUUUAAUGAUUUGCUUUUUUUUUUUGGUCUGUGAUGUCUCUCUUUAAUUGGGACAAUGCAAGUAAUAUUUGAUAUAGUCUUGCUCUGAGCAUCAAAACAGUUUCCCCCCCUCCCUUUUUGGGACUUUUCCACCGGGGUUGUUCCUUCAUCUGGUGUGGGAGACCACAGCACCAGAAUGCCAUCUAGAGAGUCCUACGAGGUUCACAAGGAAGAGAAGUCCCUGGUGCAAAAGGCCAAGCGAGAGGCCAAUCAGGAGGAUAUUCUGGCGGCAGCUCUGGGGAUGAGGAUGGGGCCACAGAAACCUCCAGCCACUUUCUGGCAGCCACUUAAACUAUUUGCCUAUUCACAGCUCACCUCGCUGGUCCGCAGAGCAACGCUGAAGGAGAGCGAGCGGACGCCCAAAUCUGACAAAGUCCACAACUUCAAGGUCCACACCUUCCGAGGGCCUCACUGGUGUGAACACUGUGCCAGCUUCAUGUGGGGACUGAUGGCUCAGGGGGUCAAAUGUGCAGAUUGUGGUUUAAACGUCCACAAACAAUGUUCGUCUCUGGUGCCCGACGACUGCAAGCCAGACCUGAGACACAUCCGUAAAGUCUACAGCUGUGACCUCACGACCCUGGUGCAAGCUUACAAUACAGCGAGGCCCAUGGUGGUUGACAUGUGCAUACGAGAGAUCGAGUCAAGAGGACUGAAGUCUGAAGGCCUCUACAGAAUAUCUGGAUUCACUGAUUCGCUGGAAGAAGUCAAGAUGGCGUUUGACAAAGAUGGCGAGAAGACAGACAUCUCAGUGAAUGCCUAUGAAGACAUCAAUAUCAUCACGGGUGCACUGAAACUUUACCUCAGGGAUUUGCCUGUUCCCAUCAUCUCGUACGAUGCUUACCCCAGGUUCAUCGAGGCUGCAAAGCUCUCAGACGCAGAGAAGAAGCUGGAAGCUUUCCGCGAGUCUCUUGCUUUGCUGCCUCCAUCACACAGUGAAACUUUGAAGUACCUCAUGGCGCACUUAAAAAGGGUGACACAGAAUGAGAAAUUCAACCUGAUGAACGCAGAGAACCUCGCCAUCAUUUUUGGACCCACCCUCAUGCGUGCACCAAACCUGGACGCCAUAACAGCACUCAAUGACAUCCGCUACCAGAGACAGGUGGUGGAGGUGCUCAUUAAAAACGAAGAUGUGCUCUUCUAAACACAAAUCAGGACUUUUAUAGAACAGCUCUCUAAUCAUUCUUUUGUGUAAAGACUUGAAUGACUGUUUGUAUUACAUUGAUUGAUACAUUUUUUUUAAAAUGCCCUGCGUAUGGACUAGUGCUGACCUAACAUCUGUCCUCCCCUGUAUCGGGUGUGGGCGAUGAACUUUACACUUGUACGUACUCUCCCCAUUUUUGUCGGGGGAUUUUCAGAAGCUGACAGGCCAGCAUGCAUGGUGCAAGGUCUUUGUUGCUUUGUAGUCGUAACCCAGCAUGUGUUGAGAUCGUGUAGCGCUGUGAUUUUUGCUUUUGUCUGUUCUGUAGUAGUUAUAGCCCACAUUCCCAGCUGCCUGCUGUGCGGUUUUGUUCUGUUAAACAUUGUAUAGCUGGAUGUAAAAAUAAGCUACUGAUAUUUCUGGGGUAAUUUCUAUGAUGCUGUAUUUUUUUAUCCCCUCAACGUUUUUUAUGUAACCUGAAGUAGUGGAAUGAGCCUUUUCCUCUUAAUGUGUACACACUGGUGCAUUUGCGUGACCUUAACAUUUUUAUCGUGUUAUAAACAGCAUUAUUUGUGAAUUUAAUUUUUUUAUUGUAAUGUUUUUGUACACAACUUGUGCAUGAUCACUUUAAUUUAUUAAACCUUACUCUGAGAAAUUAA